AUGGAUUAUGUAUCUGGUCAAGCCAAAGAUUUUUCAUAUUCAUUUUGUUUAACCAAAGAUUUAGAUUUUCCGUUAAAUGUACGAAUUUUAGAAGGAAUUCGAGAGAAAAAAACAUUUACAGCUACUCUUAAAGAUCCUUCACUUAAAUAUACUGGAGUACAAACAAGUGAUUAUUCGGUUUUAUAUGUAACUUGUCAAGUAUAUGCAGAUAAUAAACCACUUACCAUUCCUAUAAGAACUUGUUAUAAAUCAUUUAAAAAUCAUUGGAGUUGGAAUGAAUGGUUGACAAUUCCUUUAAAAUAUCGGGAUCUUCCUGUAACUGCACAUUUGGCAUUAACAGUAUGGGAUAUUUAUGGUCCACGUAAAGUUGUUCCGGUGGGUGGGAAACAUAAAUGUUACCUUUGGCCAGAUGUUGAAGCAGAUGGACGUGAAAAUUCAAUUACUCCAAGUAAAGUUGGAAAUAAGAGUGAAAUGGAUCGAUUAGAAAAAUUGGUUAAGAGAUAUGAAAGGAAUGAUAUGUCUAAAUUAGAAUGGUUGGAUAAUCUUGCUUUUCGUCAAAUUGAAAAGAUUCAUAAGCAAGAAUCAUCAAAGUCAAAAAACUUAUAUUUGUAUAUAGAUUUACCUAAAUUUGAUUUUCCAGUUGUCUUUAGUGAACCUUUAUCAAUACACAAUCCAAUGGUAAUGGCGGACUUUUCAGGUUUAGGUUUAGGAGGAACGGGAACAUCAGGAUUAGGAGGCGGUGGUGGAUGUGGAAAUGGAGGAACGGGAGGUGGUGAUCCAAGUAUAAUAUUUAUUACGGAUCCCGAAAUAUUUCAGGAUAAUCCGGUGGAAGCUAAACAUAGGAAAUUAGUAAGAAGUGGACCUUUAGAUCGUGAUUUGAAACCAAAUGCCAAUAUUAGAGAUGAAUUAAAUGUGAGUUUAUACUAA